UGGCUAGUUGUCGCGAUAUUUCAGUAUAUUUGGAGUUGUUCCUGGCACUCAUGUCACAUGUCUUGGCGCUAAAACCGCUGCAUUUCAAAAUACAUCGCCAAAACUCCUUUGGCUUCUCAACAACAACUGGACACCUGGCCAUACGGCUCGGUAUUGCGCAACGAAUAAUGACAACCAGUUUAUCUCUCAGCUAAGUUCACGUGGCAUGCAAUCCGAAUCUCUCCUCUUUGUCUUUUUUUCUUCCGUUGCCGCUCGCGUCAGCACCGUUUCUUUGUUUUUCGAAGGUGUUGGGUUGAAAUCACUCGCAACCUGCUACAUACAGACUCUGCCUUUGAAGCAAAGAUCUAUAUCGGACUGCCGUUUGCGGAUUGAUCUUAUGGGUUACUCCUGCUUUCCAGAUUGGCUUGAAGAUGCAACUUGGAAAGAAGAACUGUCUACAAGGCCAAGCCGCAAGAGUAACCCAUGAGAUCGAUCCUAUAUACUCGCGGUUGUAGAACGACCGCGAGUAUUUAGGGGUGUCGAUUGACUAUCCUUCAAAUGUCCCCAAUACAAUAGCAUAGCUAUGCUAAUGCAUCCCAAACCAUGAUACUGACUCUCUAUUUCACCGCUUCCCUGUUAUUUGGCUUGUGUGCUUUCAAAUGUACGAAUUCGGAGUCUGCACCAUUGACUUGGCUUGCGGUGGGCGACAAUGGCACAUCUCCUUUCAAAGAGUUAUCGAGUUAUUUCUUUGUCAACCUUCCGGAUGCGUCGAUCAUUCAACUCUCAUAUGCACUCCUACGAGUUCCUCGCAAUGUUAUAAUGGCGUCCUGGCCCCCUUCAAAGAUUUAAAGAAUUGGCCACUGCAGCAAACUUUGCGAUCGGCUGAUUCUAUUGUCCAUACAUACUUGACAUUAUUCCCAAAUCUCAUUCAAUCGUCAAAACACUUUUUUGCAGUCGCAUAGGUCGACAUCUAUCCCAAUGGCUGCCAUCCCGAUAAGCCCUCCUCCAUAUGCCGAAAAAAGCCCCAGAACACCGCGGAAAUCCAAUACGAAUCCCCUCGGAAUUCUCAACUUUGGGACCCCAGGGAAUACACCGAGGAAAAUAACGAAACAACGCUCUCGACAUGACACUCCAGGCUCGGUGGCCAAUAAGGCAUACUUCAGCGCUAGUCCUGAUGUCGUAAAGGAAUUCUUGGUAUGCCUAGCAAAAGGAUGGGCCCCUGAGCACACAAGUGGAGAUAGGCACCUUUGUGGAGUGUAUGCUCUGCACCAAUCCUUCCGAAGCAUGAUGGGCGGGACCCAAGCCUUGCGGGGAUUCGGAUUCAAGGCCUUGAAGGAUGAAAUCGGUAGCGAGAGGUUCAAGACAUUUCACAGAAACGCCAUAAGAAGCCGGAUGGAAAAGUUCGGCUUUCAAGGGGCUGAUUUGGAUGAAGCGGUGAAACAAGCAAUAGACCAAGCAGGUUUUGGGAACAACGACUUCUAUAGUGUCGAGGAAUUGUCAGAGUUUGUUCGAUAUAUCAACAGGAUGUAUAACGUUCAAUAUCGGCUUGGAAUCGUCUCAAAGUUUGACAAGCGGAUACCAUCGGCUUACAUUGUCGAAGGCGACGACCCCCUCAACCAGCUACAUUACCGAGUUAUUUGGCUCUAUAAUAUCGAUAACAAUCAUUGGGAAAGCUUCGGCCCAAAGUCUAGCGAGGAUGGCCGGAAAGCUCGACGCAAAUGGAGGCUUCUAGAAAACUUAGAGACGGUGGUGAAUAACGGCCUCUAUAGAGUCACGGUUGCCACGGAAGGAGUCCCGGCCGAGUAUACCCUGACAACCCUUAUUGACCAGUGGGUGUUUCAAGUGGCACCCCCAGAGGGCCUCGAGCCAAGAGAGGGCCUCAUUUAUGUCCACACCACCAAGGGCCCCAAUUCGGACAGCUGGCGCGUCGUCGGCGAGUCGUCCAUGGAGACGAUUCGCCAUCAAGAAGGAUUCAUACCUUUAGCCAACCUCGAAGUAGUCAACACCUACAUAAUUCCUCAUGAUCGAAGAGGGAUGGUGGAGAAAUCCAGGAAACCUACAAAUAUUUUAGACCAGCGAACGGGAAAGCGAAAGCGGACGCCACCACCCCCGGAACAGCCACCUGCCCCAGGCGGGACUUCCGGUGCCGCUCCUGGUGCUACUGGGGGAUGCACUACAAUCGGGGCUACCACAGAAGGUCAGGAACAGCCUGGUCAGGAGCAGCCUGGUCAGGAGCCAAUACCAACGGGGUUGCCUGGUCGCGUUACGGGCCCUCAGAACGAUCUGCCGAUAACCCCCGGGAAUGACGGCCCAACUGUCAGAGGGCCAGUCGAAACGCCUACCUGGAUUGAAGGGCCACAGGCCAAACGGGUAGAACCUCGGAUCCAGCUGCCACCAACCCCCGGGAGUAAUGGCAUAACUUUCAGAGGGCCGCAGACCAACCAGCCAGGGGGCCUAAUUAUCCAGAUUCCGGAGCCAGUGAUUGUACAGCCAAUCCCGCCGCCUGACCCGCGCCCAAAGGUAAUAGGCCCCAACACGCCCCUCACAAUCUCGACAUUUGUCAACCGCCGAGCAUUCGCCCCCCGCCCCCGCCCCGACUCGACACGCGGCCCAUCCCUCGGUGCGCACCCCCGCCUCCCCCCCGGCCGCCCCAAGAGCAGAACAAUGGCCGAGUUCACGGCAACGCGCAACCUGAAGAACGACUGGGCGCGUACGCGCUUCCUGAACUUCUUCCUAGCCGACGUCCCCGACACCGACGCAGACGGGAAGCGCUUCAGCCCCAAUCACGACCAGCCAUACCACCAGGACCAGGUCCUGCUCGCCCUCGACGAGACCUAUGAGCCUGGUAUCCCAGGGCCUGUGCGCGUGCGCACCUUCGAUGAAGAUGAGGGGUGGGCGCACUCAGCGAACUUGCGGAAAAUCACGGAUCCAUUCGGCCUCGAUCUCAAUAGCGCUACCACGCAGUAUAGUAUGGACCCCAACGAGGCCUUCCGCGAGGACCUGUACCCGACGGCCUUCUUGAGGGGUCUAUGCCAGGGCUCGCGCAUCGAUCCGAAUGGAAGCAGACAGGAGAUCAUGGCGGGGCUGGCGGCGCACCGGAUGGAGCUGGGGGUGCCGCUUAUCUUGUACCGCCUCGUUGAGGCGGUGGGCGUCUUCUUCAAGGACGACUUGGUGCGUGUUCCCGGCGAUCCGCUGGCGAAUCCAGACGAGAAAUUCCGGGCGUUUGGGCUGGAGCCGCAUAAGCGUGGAUAUGUGAGGGGACGAGAUCUAGUAGCGGAGCCGAGGUCAUGGGGUGCGCGGGUGAGGCCUCAUGUGCAUGGGUUGACUGCGCCGUUCGAUGUGAAGUGGGCGCUGCCGCCAGGGAAUGUUAAGGAUUUGGUGCCGCUGGGGUCGAAGUUGUCGUUGCAUGGGUUGAACACGCCGCCGAGGGAGGAGAAUGGUGAGGUGGAGGUUGGGGGAACGGGUUUUGCGCCUGCGGGGCCGGUGGUGCCUUCGCGACGCCCAGGGCAGGUUUAUAUGACAAAGGAUGGAAGACCGAGUUUUUUCACUCCCGAGUGAACGGAGCGCUAGAACGAUGUUAUUAUUUUGUUUUUGUAGUUGGUUAGAUUCAUAGUUAUACUCGGCAAUCUUUUAAAUGCUAGCUUGUCCAUGGGUUCGAAAGUGACACUUCGAAUGGAAACAUACUGACAAGAAAAC